AAAAUUAAUGGAAGGGCGCUGAAACAAGACUAAAAUAAUGAAUAUCACAAACUUCUCGGUGUACGCACAAAAACCAUGUUUUCUGCUAGAAUGGCCAAAUGCCAGAAUUCUUAUGGACACUCCGAUUGAUUUCACACCAUUUUUCAGCUUCCUCCCACAUGUAUAUCAAAGCCCGCGAAUCAAAAAUGCUCCGAUCGCCAAGAAGUUUCAGAUACCGUAUCUGAAAGAGCUCGGAAACCGUGUCUACGUCGAAUCGCCACCUGAAAUUUUCCACGUAUCGACGGAUAUGCUAAAAAUGGAUACAAUCGACGCAAUUUUGGUGUCCAACUAUGAAUCAUUCGUCGGUUUGCCGUUCUACACAGAGGGUUCCGGAUUUUCUGGGAAAAUUUAUGUUACGGAGAUUGCGUAUCAGUACGGAAAACUUUUGAUGGAGGAAAUGCUCGAGUUCAUUUCUCGAAUUGAAGUAUUGCCAAGUGAUAAAAAAUGGAAAAGAGAAGAGUUUUGUGGAAAAUUUCCAAAUCCUCCAUUUCAAAAUCCCGUCGAGUGGCGCCCCUACUACACGACAACUGAUAUGCACAGUUGCCUUGCCAAAGUAAUCACAUUAAGUUUUAAUCAAACAAUUGAUCUCUUCCGUAUUAAAGUGACUCCUGUAGUUUCCGGACACACUUAUGGCUCAGCUUACUGGACAAUCAAGACAGAAAAUGAGCAAUUUGCAUAUCUCAGUGCUUCGAAUCCUUCUGCAACAGACGUGAAGCUCAUGGAGACGGCGCCGCUUAGAGCCGUUGAUCACAUUCUUGUCACUUCAUUGAGCAGACUAGUGGAUACAACUGCAAAAGAAAUGGGAUAUUCUCUUAUCAAAACUAUCACGGAUGUUCUGAAGAAACAUGGAUCGGUUCUGCUUCCAAUUUGUCCAGUUGGUCCCAUUUUCGAAAUGAUUGAAGCGGUUUCUGACAUCAUCACUACUACGAAUGGAAUUCCCCUGGAUACCCCUAUCUACUUCAUUUCCCCGGUCGCUAAAAGCGCAAUAGCAAUGGCCAGUAUCAGUGCCGAGUGGAUGUCAGAAUCCCGUCAAAAUGCUGUAUAUCUGCCAGAAGAGCCGUACAGUCACAGUAAUCUUAUCAAAAGCGGACGAGUAAAGAUCUACGAUUCGCUAUACGGAUCAUUCUCUAAAGAAUUCAAAACUCCUUGUGUGAUCUUCGCCAGCCACGCAUCACUUCGCAUCGGAGAUGCUGCCCACAUGGUCGAAGUUCUUGGAUCAGAUCCGAAGAAUGCAGUGAUUGUUACAGAUCCCGAUCUCCCUUGCGAAGAUGUUCGUGAGCCAUUCCGAAACCUUCCGAUCAAAUUCAUCAACAUUCCGAUGGACUUCCGCAUGGAUUUUGCAUCUCUGGAACGGCUUCUGGCUGACGCGAAGCCCAAGUACGUUCUAUGCUCAUCUUCCUACACAAGACCGAUGAUUCGUCGUCCAGAUAUGCAGAUCAACUACGAAAAAGUAUGGCCGAUCGAAUAUGAUGAAUGUGUGCAACUAUCGAAGCUGUCAAGGAAUAAGCAAAAACUCGUCACAGUCGCGGUUCAUCCAGAAGUCGUGAAAAAUCUGAAAUUCAAGCAGCAUCCAUCGAAAAAGUUAGCGGUAGCCUCGAUCGCAUGCCACCUAUCCGCAUACAAUGACGAUUUCAAAUUGGUACCGGCGAAAGUGAAAAUUGCAAGACGAAAAUACGGUAGAAUUACGCUGGCAAAGGUGUUAAAAGCGUUGAGAGAUAAGAAUUGGGAUGCAAAAGAAGUUGAAAAACCGGAUGAGACCGUUCUUGAAAUUGAUGAGUUGGAAGCGAAAAUCACUGUGAAAAACGAUGGAACUGGAACUAAAAUUUCGUCCAAUAAUCAAGAGAAUCGCGAGAAAAUUCUCGAAAUGAUCCGCUCAAUUUUGAUAGAGGACGAUGGGCUCGUGGGUCGGAACAACGUCGAAAUUAAACCUAAUUUAUAAAAAACACUUUAUUUUAUUUUAUAUUGGAAUCUCGUGUGAAACUGGUUCAAUGAAGAUCAACAUGCUU